CAAGAAACUUGCAAAAAAAAAAAAAAAAGAAGAAAAAUAUCCAAAAAAAGAAUUUUUCUCGUGUACAAUGUUUUAUAAAAAUCGCGUCUCCAGCAAAAUUCACAAUUUACAAAAAUAAUGUCCUCAAAAUUCUAUUGUUUGUGAACAAAUAUAGAACAAAAAAAUUUUUAAAAAUUCUGUAAUGUAAUGGCAAAUAAUCAAACAACUGGCAACAGCAGCACCUCCAACACUUGCACCACUAACAACAACGAAGUCAACACGAACAUCAUCACAAAAAAAGAUCCACAACUUCAAUCGCCACCAGCUUGGGAAUCAUGUUACUAUUGUCCAAUGGAAUCAUUUAAAUCUUCAUCGGAUUUUGUCAAACAUUUAAGAGAACGACAUUGUACAAAAGAAGGCGGCUCCUAUGUCUGUCGUUAUGGCUUCAAUGGCGUCUGUCCAUCGCUGCCUUUAGACGGCGUCUCCGAUCGUGACUAUGAAUCCCAUGUCACUCGCUAUCACGUCAAUCAGCCAAGUCGGGAGCCAGCUCCCGAAUGGUCAGUCUUUUCUGCUGCACAGAAUCUUCCCGCUGUCCUAAAUGAUCCCGGUCGUGGUAAGCAAGCUAAUCUUUUUACCAAGAAAUGGGGCGAUAGUUUCGUUGAGAAAGUCCAAAUUGGUAAUUCGCCUCAUCUCGAUGACAUUCAAUAUGUUGACUUUGAGAAUUAUGUAAAGAAAAUAGGGAAACGCUAUCGCAGGCAUGUUCGAAUGAGUGCGCAUCAACUACAACAGGAAAAGGAAGAUUCUAGUCAGCAAAACUAUCGAAGUCCAACUCGGGAAGGCCAAUUAAGUGAAAUCCCAGAUAUUUUUAUGAAAGCUAGUAUGGAUUUGAAUAAUCCACAAACAUUUGGUUCGGUCUUUCCGGGCAUUGGACAGGCUAACGAAGAGAGUAAACAAUCGGGUAGAUUGUUGCAGGAGAAAUUGUCUCAUUAUUUAGACAUUGUGGAAGUGAAGAUUGCUCGACAAGUAUCACAGAAAUCGGCAGCUUUUUUUCAUGCAAUGACAUCACAAGAUGCGAUAAUGGAACAAAUGCAAGAAGCUGCUGCAAAUGUACGUGAAUUGAGAGAGAGUUUGAGGGCUCUGAGUAAGACUGAGGUUGUGGAUUCAUUGAAAAUUGUACAAUUUGCUCAGCGGCGGAGGAAUUAUGAUCAAACGUUGGAUAAACUUUGUUUGAUGGCGACGGUGCAUAAGACACAGCCGAUGUUGCAAUUGUUAUUGGGCACACAGGAUUAUGUGGCGGCAUUGGAUUUGAUAGGAACCACCCAAGAAAUCCUCACACAAGAACUAGUCGGUGUGCACUGUUUUAAGCAUCUUCCCAUGCAGCUAACCGAAAUGGAGAAACUCAUCGAUAAAAUGCUAACCACCGAGUUUGAGCGUUUCGCCACAGCCGACUUGAAUCGACCAUUAUCAUCGACCAGCCCAAAUUCCGAUGAAGAAUUUGAUAAAAUCCUAGCCGAGGAUAAACUAAUCUGCAUUGUCAUGGGUUUGUUACGCAAAAAUAACUACUCCUUUAUUGAUACCUACAAAGAAGAGAGUAUCGUCACAAUUAGAGCGAUAAUCAAACAGCUGGUCAUCGAGGUGAUAGCUUCUUCCGAUGCUGAACUCUGUUUGACCGGUCAUGGAGAGGAGGCCCAAAGUUUAUCCAUAACCGAAUGGAUUGCUCUUCUCCAACGAGCCACAGUAGCUUUGUUAGAAGUUCUAAAUCGAGUAAAAGCUGUAACCACAAUAAUGUUAGAAACAGCCAAUGCAGCAUCAGGAAGAUUCGAUGGUGCUGUUAAUCUAAUGGAUUCAGAUGCAUUUCUCACCGAAACAGACUACGAGAAUGUUAAAGAGAAACUAAGUGAACUACUUCAAUCGGUUUGUAACUAUUGCCAUGAGCGCUGUGCGAAUCUUGUCUCCAGUCAGAGUUUGGAGAAAAGUGUGGCCACAGCUGAUGAAAUCGAAAAACUCACAGCGAUUGUUAAUGAAUUCAGUUCUGGCAGCGAGGCGAUAUCAGGAGCGCAGAGCGUUCCUUUGAAAGUUGCCGUAAAAGUGCAGGCAUCAAGAUUUGCCAAUCGAUUUCAUUCUGAGAGAAAACAAAAAAUGGCAUUGCUCUUGGACUCGGAGCGUUGGCGGCAAGUUGACAUUCCCAAUGAAUUCCAAAAGAUCAUCGAUCGCAUUGCAGAGAAUGAUUUUAGCUUUAGCAAGGCUCUGGAAUAUUCAACAUCAACAUCGAUUCAAUGCAAUGGAGGAAGCCCUGCCAGUCCAGUGCUACUCGUUGAGGGUAAACCAUUUUCUCUUGUCGGAGCAGCUCUCCUACUGGUGCAAAUGAUCAGUGAGUAUUGUAAAUGUGCCCUGCGUCUACCCAUAGUAGCAGGAUAUCUAUCGAGAAAUGUUGUAGACCUCUUGCGGACAUUCAACUCACGUUCGUGUCAAUUAAUUAUCGGCGCUGGGGCGCUACGAGUUGCCGGUCUCAAAACAAUAACAAGUGGCAAUUUGGCACUUGUGUCACGAGCUCUCCAACUAGUCCUCUGGCUAAUGCCCAAAGUUAAGGAGCAUUUUCGCUCUUUAGAUCCAACUUCGGUGUCCAGUUUCGAUACAAUCGAAAAAGACUUUAUCGGACACAUUAAGGAAAUUGAAAAUAAAAUCUAUGGAAUUGUCACUGAUCGUGUGGCCGCUCAGCUUUCUAGCUGGGACUCUCGACCACCCGUACCUUCACAAUCAUUUCGAAAUAUCUCUCGGCAUUUGGUUAAAUUGCACGAAGCUAUUGCACCAAUUCUUCCUGAACAACAAAUUCAUGCCAUUUAUCGAAUUGUUCAUAAAAAUUUCAAAGACAAAUUAAAAGAACAACUUCUCAAGAAUAACAUUAUAAACAAUGGCGGCCCACAACAUGGAGUUGUCACAUCGGAGUUGACUUUUUAUAUGGAGACACUAAGGACAUUGAAAGCGUUACCCGCUGAAGAGAUGGGCGAGGAUUCCAUGGAGGAUAUUUGGAUUUUUUAGCAAAACUACUAGAAUUAAGGAUUUUUAUUUUUUUCUUUAAAAAUAAAAUUAAAUUAAGAAAUAAUAAUAAAAUCCCCCCCUUUAUGUAGCUUAUGA